AUUCACCAAGUACCUACUACAGUACGUGCGUCUAUGGUCUAAUCGAGUAUUGAUAAAUGAUAAGUUUGCUUUCGGAUUCGUCAUCGUGUUCAUCUCGCGAUUUUGAUUUGAUUUACAGAAGUGACGUGGUAUUAAAAUUUAUUCAAUUUUUGUAAGGUAAUAAAGAACCCAAUUUUGGUGAAUUUAUUUUGAUUUACGAGUUAAUUUUUUGUCAACGAAAAUUCAUCUAAAUUAAACCGGUAGUGUUCAAGGUCCCUAAACUCGAUUAUUAUUCAGAGUGAGUCAAACGUAAGUUUACCUUUCCAAGCUUUUCUGCUAAGUUCACUCUCUUGAGGUCCGACUAUGUUGAAUAGCAGCCUACAGAAAAGUUUUUACGCCGAGUUACGUACAGUAUUACGCCAAUUUCCGUGUCUCUCGCCGGAUUCCUCGAGUGUCCAAGAGCGGUUCAAAUGUGAUAAGGAUACUUUUGAAUGGCGUUUGGAAUACGAGUUGAACAAAACGAGCGACAACAUAAACAUCGUUUCCUUCUACUUGCAUUGCGAUUCCGAAGAUGACCUCAUCAACGAAUCCGGUACUGUCAUUGCAUAUCCAAUAAUGGAAUUCAAACACCCACCAGCUUAUACAUUUUAUUGCCCUCCACUGACCUUUAACAAAAAUCAGCGAUCCUGUCAAUUAUCAUCUUUCGCGCGUAAACAAUUACUAUCAUACGUGGUUCAAGAUUCGCUAAGUCUUACUUUAAAACUGAACUACAUGAGGAAACAAUUCACCCCUCGCCGACAAAUUACAACGAACGGAAAUUCAGACACGAAUGCAUUCGAAAAUGGAGCAGCUGCUUCAUCCUUAGAAUCGAGCAUUUCAAGAGAUCUCGAGAAUAUUCGCAUUAAUGCAAAUCUAAGUGACGUGACUCUCUCGGUUAAUGGCAAGGAUUAUCCAUCCCAUAGAAUCAUUUUAGCCGCUCGCAGUUCGGUUUUCAGCGCCUUGUUCGCCAGCGAUUUGCCAGAAAACGAGAAAAAUCACGUUGUUAUCGCGGACGUAGAACAAGAACCUUUCGAAGAAAUGUUACGGUACAUUUACACCGGCGAGAUGGCUAAUUUAAACGAAUGGGCUCCCGAAUUGCUACCAUUGGCGGACAAAUACGAUCUCGGAGAGUUGAAAAAAGCGUGCGAAGAAAUUUUGCUCGACAAAUUAUCGAUAAAAAGCGCUGCCAAACUUUUGAAACUGGCUGAUAUGCAUAAUGCCGAAAAAUUAAAAAAGCAUGCUCUUCAAUUCAUCAAAGAUCAAGCCGACGUUUACGAAGAUUCUCAAGUUGAGGAACUUAGGAAUACAUUAGCGACAUCUCGUACCGAGGUCAUAUUAGAUAUGUUGACACUCUUCUUCGGGAAUCAAAAGCAAACGAUACCGAUACCUGUGGAAUAGAUAAGUACAGCUUUUAUUAUGGAAAUUUCAUGUCACGAGAGCUAAUAGGUUUGAAAAUUCAAAAUACAACAAACCGUACCUUUUAUGUAUGUACCUACCUGCUUUUAAAAGCUUGAAUGAAAUUUUGACCUCAUAUAAGCGAGUCUCCCCCCUCCACCCAAAAAAAUAGGCAAUACAAAAGUUUUAUAAUUUUUUUACUCAAGUCAAAUACUGAUAGUAAUAUUUAUUAUAUUAUUUGAUUUACAUGUAGGUACAUAAUUAAAAAUAAUAUUCAUC